UUACACUGCUGCCAACAGCCAAUACGGACAGACAACACCCAGGGAGAGCUUCGUUUAGGCUGAGUUAGCUAUAAAAUACACAGGCUAUAGCUAAAUGGCAGAGAAUAUGUUUUUAAAAAUGACACGAGUUGAUUCAUGAGUUGAGCGCCUGCUAGAAGAGAGAUUGUGAUUUAUUAUAAGAUGAGCAGUGCCGGUAAGAAAGAGAGGGAGCAGAAGAGGAAGCUGCAGCACUUUUUGAAUGACUUGGCUUUACUCGGAUCGUUACAGGGAUUUAAAUACUUCCAGCCCUGGCUAAGAGGAAAAGAAGAGCUGCUGCUGACUGUAGUCAAUGAGGAUCUGGGCUGGCGCUCCCCAGGUUUUUUGGUUUCCAGGGUGUCGUCGUACUCGUCCAGCAGCAGCUGCGUGUCACCCAGCAGCAGCUCUCCUAGCCUGGACAGCAGGAGCAGCUCCCCCCUGCCCAGGGAGCCUCGGGGCCCGCCAGAUGUCCAGACGACUAACUCCCAUUCCAGGACGCCGACACAAACCGACAGGGAACCAAACGGUGAGGAGCAUCUUCUCCCAGCCUCUCCCAGUGAGGGGGAGAUAGCCGUACCAGAGGUGAACUGCACUCUGUUUCUCCUGGCCGGUUACGUCAAGUACGGACGCCCGUACGCCUGGAUUCGCUCCAAUCACGAGCGGCUGGUCAGCAUCGGUGGCAUGGAUUCAAUGGUCAAGGACACGCCCAUGAAGCUGAAGUCCAUCACAGACUGGCAGACGAGAGGUAUUCGUGUCUGGGACAUUGUGAGUGAGCUGGUGUGCCUGUGCUCCGUUCCCUCUCCCUCCAACCCCCUCGCCCUGGACAUGCGUUACAUCAAAACCCUUCCCCUCCACGACCGCUUCCUAGUCACAGGAGCCCUCCUCAGCUUCCUGGAGACUUAUCUGAUUUACGGGAAUCGGGACGAGCUGCACUAUGACAAAGUGGUAGAGGAAGUGAAACCCCUGAGGCGUCUGCAUUUCCAGGCCCUGCUGGAGCUACAGCGACUCAGAGAGAGAGCGCUGGAAAGCCCAGUGGCUCCACAAGGCAGGACUCUUCAAGAUGAAAUCCCUUCUGUGCAACAAGUGGCUUUUAUUGAGUGAUGUUUUAUUGGUGCACCGACUGCAGUUUAUUGGUCGAUCGCCGGUUACUGAUCUUUAAAAAACCUGACUUACUGAUUCCGAUUUUGUCCGAUGCCAGUUUUGUUUUUGUCUGAAAUUUCACUAGUUAACUGCAAACGUGCAGACAUGACCUGGUGGGUCGGUUUAUCAGUC